AUGGACCCAAUUUACAUGCUGAAGAAACGCAGAUGCACUCAUCUUCAGUCAGAGUGUAGGACAGGACAGAGAGGAACACCAGAACUGAUCUCUUUCUUCAUAUACAGCCGGCAGAAGCAUUUCCCAGCUGUGAGCGGGGCCUUCAUGGAUUCUCCGUACAAUGGCAACACGUCCCUGCAGACGUCCACCUCCAACCUCAAUGCCGGCUACUCUCGACCCUCAGAAACAGAGGAUGAUGGGAAAGUGUCCAGUGACACCAUUUGGCUGUGGGUCGCUGUGCUGGCAACCAUUGGCAACAUAGUGGUGGUGGCUGUGGUUUGCGCCUGUGCCUUCUGAAAGGAUGGAAGAGUGGAGCAAAAAAUACUGAUGCUGUCCGA